ACCGUUUCAAAAACCCUUUUUCUGAGUUUUCUCCUUCCUUCUAUUCUGCUUCUAGUCCUCCUUCCCUUCCGUCUCUUCUCAGCCCCCUCAAGGCAGAGCACUGGCACUGUUAAUCAGAGCGACAAAGCCUUUCAGCCCCGUAAGCCCCUCCAUUGCUCUUCGGCCACCGACCUUCAACACCUCACCCAGAACCGCUCUGGUCAGUACGGAGAGAGGAACACGCGCAAAGGAAGCAUUUUUUUCCGUUGUGCUAGGAGCUUUCGGUGAUGGGAGCUCUGGCCCCCGCCGCCCCUUGGAUUCCGGAGGACGAUUUCCUGCUGAAACACGCCGUUGAGACUGGUGCUUCCUUGGAAUCUCUUGCGAAAGGUGCAGUGCGAUUUUCUCGAAGGUACACUGUCCGAGAAAUUCAGGAACGGUGGUACUCCCUCCUCUACGACCCCGUUAUUUCCGCUGAAGCUUCAGUCCACAUGAUUGAAUUUGAGCAACUUGCUCCAACCCUCACAUCAAAGUUCACUAAGUUUGGAGACUUGAAGGGAAACAAGUAUUCCUCUGGAAAGAGAAAAACCCAGAGCGUUCGCAGCUGCUACUAUGCUCUUCGCAAAAGAAUAUGCAAUGAGCCGUUUAACUCUGAGGAUUUUGACUACCUUGUGGGCCCCAGUAAUGGAAUUCGAACUGUAGAUGGUACGCUAACAGGGGAUUACAUGCUUGGGGACCCUAACUCGAGCCAUUUUGAGCUUCAAGAAUCUGAUCUCGAGAUUGUGCAGCAUGCUUUUCCUAAUCUUCUGAUGGAUGGUGUGAUUAGUACAAAUAAUGCCUUUGCUAAAGACGUGGAGAAACCAACUGAAGGCUUUCCUGUGGAGCAAGAUGAUCUGAGUAGAGCAAUGCCUAGUCCUCUUAAAAGGGAUGCUGGUCAUAUGGAGUUGUUCGAAACCAACAAUAUAGGUGCAAAAUCUUCGCCUGCUUUUGCUCCUUCAAAUCACAAUGGCGAAAACACUUGCCAGGAAAUGGAACAAACCCAUGUAUUCAACUCCCCAAUUUUGGACUGUGGUGCCUCCUUUCAUGGGUUGGACUGUUCGUCUCCACUUCCAGAUAUGCCUAUUUGGAAAGCUGUGGAAGGCAUGUCAACACCAGAUGAUCUCGGCCUAGGAGAGAAGGAUCUUUGCAUUGAAGAAGCUUUAACUAUAACCAAUGAUGAUGAAAAUAAGAAUGUGGGUCACUCAGGUGAUAGUACUAAAGGUUACUUGGCAGAACUCUCGGAGUCUCUGCUGAACUUCACAAAUGAGGAAGAGCUCCUUUUCAUGGAUGUUGAUGCGAAGGACCCCUUUGAUAAGUCUUACUAUGAUGGCCUGAGCUCACUCCUUCUGAAUUCUCCAAUUGAUGCUAAUCAAGAAGGAGACUUAACUGAUGUGCCCCAAGCUAUUUCUGCAGCAGUGGCUUCUAAAACCAACUUGGUUCCUGAUGAUAUCUGCAAAUCAGAAGAGUGCAUGGCAUCAAGCGUGUCGGGUUCAGGCCUGCAAUUUUCUGAGACAUGCGAUGGGUUUAUGUUAUGUGCAUUGAACACAGAGGACCCGGACAUUCCAUGCAAUGAUGAUGUUGUGUUUCCAAAGAUGUUUGGCACUUCCUCGGCUUUCGUGAAGGCGAAGAGCAGGUUCCAAGAAAGUAAAAAUUGUAUUCCUUCCGCUUUGGGGAAGGAUUUGUCAGCAAAUCCAAGAACUGUUGAAAGGGGCCCAGGGAUUUCCCAGGGCCAGUAUCAUGGUCUCUCACAAUCAAUUGGCCCACUGGUUUCAGUAAAGAAUUCUGCUAACCCAACUGUUGGGUCUGCUCGCGGGACUAAAUGCGAGGUCUCCAAUAGCAAUGUCGAUGCCAAUUUGGCCGACAUAAGUGAUCGAUUGACUGUUAGGUUGGAGAAUAUGCCAACUUUGACACUGAAGGAGGAGCAGGCGGAAACUUCAGGGGUCAAACAUCUAGCCAGUAAUUCAACUGAUUGUGCUCUGGAGAAGCCCCUUAAUGAUUCUGACAAAUUUCAGUUCCAACAACAAGAUGCCCCUCCGGAGGUUCGAGACCCUCUAGAUUCUGAACUUGGGACAAUAGAUCCUGCUGGCCUGGAGACAGGAACGGGUCCUUGUUCUUCAGCACCAGAACAAAUUGAAAGUGAUGAUGAUCUGGCUUCAUUUUCCGAUAUUGAGGCAAUGAUCCUCGACAUGGACUUGGACCCAGAUGACCAGGAUUUUUUUUCUAAUGAAGAAGUCUCGCGGUAUAAUAAUGAGGCGGCGAGGAGGACAAUAGUGAGGCUAGAGCAAGGAGCUCAUUCUUAUAUGCAAAGAGCCAUCGCAUCUCAUAAAGCGUUUGCUGUUCUAUACGGUCACUAUUCGAAGCACUAUAUAAGAAAACAAGAGGUCUUACUUGGGAGAGGGACUGAAGGUUUUAAAGUUGACAUUGACUUGGGGACAGAAGGACGAUCUAACAAAAUUUCAAGGCGACAGGCGACAAUAAAGUUGGAGAAAAAUGGGUCUUGCCUUCUGAGGAAUCUUGGGAACAAAUUCUCUAUCUUUGUCAAUAACAAGCCAGUGGCGCCUGGGCUGAGUCUAACACUGACUCCCAAUUGUCUGAUUGAGAUCAGAGGAACGCCUUUCAUAUUUGAUGUAAACCCGAGUUGUGUGAAGCAAUUCCUUGGGAGCACCUCAGGGAAUCAGCAAGAGCAAUCCUAGAGGUAUAAUCAUGUCCUUCAUAAUCCAGUUGUAAAGGUCUCGGUGAUAAGUCUCAAAAUUUCCAGAGAAGCGCCAAUUUUUAUGGCGUGUUCUGCAUUUCUUUAUUGUCAGCGCAAUCUUCCCGUCUUUCUGCCAAUAUGAUGAGGAUAGGUUUUCUUUCAUAUGCAACAAGUUUUUACAGUCGAUGCUUGUAAUUUCCCCUUCUUUGCCAUCCUGCAUACUCUUACGACUGCACAGAACACCUGUAGCAUGAGAAUUACACGGAAUCGGGAAUCGAGUAGAAAUGGUUAUUGAUCUCUUA